AUGAAGCUCUCUGCAGACCUGCUAGAGAUCAUCACCUGUGCCAUUCUAAUCCUCGUGAGCUUUGUAGGAAACAUAUGCUUAUUUUGUUCUACAAGGAAGUGUAUCACUGGACGUUUACAGACAUCAUUUUUUCUAAUUUUCAGCCUUGUGUUUGCCCACCUUAUUAAGAACUUGGUGGUAAAUGUCAUGAAAAUUGUUUAUUCUUCUGGUAUCAUGUUGGAUUCAGCAGGCUGCAAAGUUCUGCACUUCUUGGCAGCCCUGACAACUUCCCUGGCCAUCUGGUUCAUGUUAUACUUUGCGUUGUUCUAUCACCUGAGACUGUACCAACUUGUCUACCCCCAGAGCGAUGCUGCGAACGUUGACCGUCAGAAGCAUUCCUUGAAGGGGAUUUCUGCACUUUGGGUGGCUGGUGUGGCUGUGUACAUACCAGUUUUAAUUUAUACUAGAAAACCAGAAAACCUGAAUGCAGGAAAUGAUACAGACGCCUUGUCUGCAACGAGGAUUUACAUGGAUUGCUUAAUUGUCUUUGGAAACCAGCAGGUAGAGUUUUACUAUGGGAAAAUAUUUUUAGUUCUGAUUGAUAUUCUUCCUUUAGCCAUCUUAGUCUUUGUCUGUUUCUGGAUGUCUUUCCUCCUUUCAACAAAAAAGAAGAUGACAUAUGGUGACGUCUGGAUUGGCGAUGGUGAUUCAGAAGUUGAGGUCCUUAGAGGAGCCAAGUUCAGUAUUUUAUUAGUGCUGCUGAUCACCCCCCUGUGGAUCUCCCACUUUGUCUUAGUCUGUUUCUUGAAUGACUUGGCAGCAUGGGUCUUCGUUCCAGCCGUGCUCACAGCCCUCUCUUCAGGCUUUUCUGCUCUCAGUCCUUUCCUGCUUCUGCUGGUUAAUUACAAAGUGAAGUUGGUGUCAUUCUGUGGUGCCAAAGAGGGAAAAUCCACACCACAGCCUACAAAUGCCAUUCUUUCUCCAUAUGCUUAA